CCGUAUUGUUUAGUCACUUGCAAACCUUCCAGUUCCAUCCCUCCUUCCGCCCCCAACAAAACCCUUAUCAUCUUUCCUUCUCAGUUCUCCCGACUUUCUCUCUCUACAACCCUAUCUUUCUCUCUCCUCAUCAAUCUAAUUGGUGACAGAAAAACGAGAGAGAAGUUUUGAAUUUGUUUACAUUAGGUUUAGAUCGUAAUACAAAUUAACGAUGGAUUCAGAUCAAGGGAAAUUGUUUGUAGGUGGGAUUUCAUGGGAAACGGAUGAAGAAAAGCUUAAAGAAUAUUUUGGGCAAUAUGGAGAUGUUUAUCAGGCUAAUAUUAUGAGAGAUAAAACAACUGGUAGACCUAGAGGUUUUGGAUUUGUUCUUUUUUCAGAUCCUUCUGCUGUUGAUAGAGUUCUUCAGGAUAAACAUACCAUCGAUGGCAGAACGGUCGAGGCUAAGCGAGCAAUGUCAAGAGAAGAUCAACAGAACUCUGGAAGAGGAAACAAUGGUGGUAGAGACGUAGGUGGAGGAAACAUUAGAACCAAGAAGAUAUUUGUUGGAGGAUUACCUCCUACUUUAACUGACGAAGGGUUUCGGCAGUACUUUGAGAACUAUGGUAGUGUAACUGAUGUGGUUAUUAUGUAUGAUCAGAAUACAAAUAGACCCCGUGGUUUUGGAUUCAUUUCUUUUGACAACGAGGAUGCAGUAGAUAGAGUUUUACAGAAUACCUUCCAUGAUUUAAACGGGAAGCAAGUUGAGGUUAAGCGUGCACUACCCAAGGACGCCAACCCUGGUAUGGGUAACCGUGGGGGUGGUGGUGGUUAUAAUUCUGGUGGCGGCCAGAAUGCUUAUGAUAAUAGGAUGGGUUCUAAUAGAUAUAUGCAGGGUCAAAAUGCAGGUGGUGCUUUUCCACCUUAUAGUUCUUCUGGUUAUGGUGCAGCGGGUUAUGGAUAUGCGCCUGCUAAUGCUGGCAUGGGCUAUGGUGCGUAUCCUGGAUAUGGAGGCCCUGCCAGUGCUGUGUAUGGGAAUCCAAAUGCUCAAAGGAGUUCUUGGAAUGCACAGGCAGCUUCUGGUUAUGGUGCAGCUGGUUAUGGAAAUGCAGGUCCUUGGGGUGCUGCUGGUGCAGGUAAUGGUGGCCCGACUGGUCAAUCUCCAGGUGCAGCCUCUGGGUAUGGGAGUCAAGCUUAUGGAUAUGGGGGUUACGGCGGUGGUGAUGGAUAUGGUAACGGAGGUAAUCGUUCUGGAGGGGCCACUGGUAACAAUGGAUCUGGUGGUGCAGGAGAGAGGCAAGGGGGCUAUAGUAGUGGAUAUGGUGAUGCUAAUGGUCAUGGUGGAUAUGGUGCUGGUGGUUAUGGGACUCAGGCCGGUUCACAAAUGGGUUACAAUAGUGGAUAUGGUGGUGCCUAAAAUUGACAAGCACAGUAGCUGAAUUAUCAUGGACCUUGGAAGUUUGUUUUCCUGUGAUGAGGGAAUCCUCUUUCUGUCUCAAGCAUGCUGCUGUAUGGUUGGCUUGUUGCUUUGCUGUAGUUCACCUUAUCGUUCUUGAUGGUCUUUUUUUAAACAAUUAGUUUAUCAGAGUACUAGCUGUUCAUUUUACUGUCGUUUUGAGUUUAGUUAUGUAUUUGGUGUGCUGAUUGUUGUUUAUUUGCUAUUACUGCUGCUCUAUUACUGUCCUUUAAGUGUCUAGGCUGUAUAAGCUUAUAUUGAUCUGUUUCUUUGGUUGCUUUCCACCUUGGGCUUACAGAAUUGCUUUUUUAUAUAAUUACCUUAUUGAAUUUGCUUAGCAGGAAGAAAACCUAUGCAUGGUGUUUGAUAAGCUGAUAAGCAUAGUUCUCUUGUAGUUACCUUGUGUUUGACGUGUGAAACAUGAAGUAGAAAGAUUUAGUCGAGCAUCUCAUUUCUCGUACUGGUAGACAUUGGAGCCGUAGACAAGUUGGGUUGAUCAGUUGGUAAUGGAUAGAGAUAACGUAGUGGUAGUUGAAGCUUUAAAGUUGGCAUAACCAUUUCUCCCUGUAUUUGCCCUUUGUGUUGUACAGGAGAGCUGCUCAGGUUCUGAAGUGAGGGGCUUUCACACAACUAAAUGCAAGUUUGCUGCGGAAGGUUAGCAUUUUGUGAGAUUGAUCAACCCAAGGAAGUCCACUUCAGUUCUAAUCUUCUAUCCAGUUGUGGUGCGCUGAUGGAAAUAUAUAAGUUGAUCUCUGUUGGGUAUGUUGAAACUGAGUUGAGGAUCCUUUCUGACUGUUAAAUUAGGAGAUUUUGACUAGUAAAUCUUGGUUUGUCAAAUAGAAAGGAUGAGAAUUGUUAUUUGUUAUGCAUGGUUUCUCGAGCUGAAUUAGGCUCCUGAAGUUGAAGUAGAGUAUAUAUUCCUGUGGGCAAGUUAUUUAAGAAUUGUGUACUUGACCAUUGAUACAGUUUCAUAGCGCGAUUGUAGCCCUUGAAAUAUGGUCAGAGUAGUGCAACUGUGCAAGUUAUGGUUAGACCAGAUUAUAGUUCAUGUGUUGUGAUAAUGGAAUUACUUGAAUUAUUCUGGUUUAGAAGAUCCACAGACUAGUAUAGAACUUUAAUGCACAAUUUUCUGGGCGGAUCCCUUCGUAAAGUCCUGUUACCUUUGGAUGGUUCCCUGGUUGGAUUUUACAUCGGUCGGCCAUUUAAAUUGUAGCAAAUUGAGUACUAUAUUAGGUAGGUAACUUCCAGUUUUUAACAAUUACCCACCUUCUUCAAUAUUCAGCACUGAAUGUUAAUCUGAUCGGUUUUACAAAGCUGAAUAACUGUUUGCAUUACACAUGGGUGAUGGGAUGGACCUUUUUGCAAGUUUUAGGUUCAAUUCUUACUAGCUCUUUUCCCUCGGUCUAGCAUGUGAUAAAAAAGCAAUGAUUUUUGUCUUUGUUGGAGCAAUUAACUUCCUUUUCUCUCA